AUGGACGCCGAAGCAGGCCGCAUUCUCAUCCGCCUAGCUCACGAUCAGCCCUUCUAUGAUAAUAUUGACAACACACCAUUAACACUUAAAUUGGCCGAUGACGAUAAUAUCAGCAGCAGUAGCUCGGAAGGAAGCACUGUUAGCAACAACAACAGUCAUUCCAUGUCUAUCAGCAGCUUACUGGACGCACAUUCUCCUUCAACCCCUGCAUUGGUAUCUCCGCCAAACAGUGCGUUAACAGGCAUUCCUAAACGGUCGAGAUCUUCUGAAUAUUCCAAUCCUGUGACCACAGAAAAAAAUGAGUCGUCUGCCACACCAGGGCAUUUUUCAUCCAAACGAAAAUGGCAAUCGCCUUUUGAACCGCAUGGCCAAUCAACGACAGUAUCGGAGGGCUAUCCUGAUGAUAGCUAUCCCAGAAAACGAUAUCAAACCGAUUCCCUUCUUUCGGGGAAAGACUCAUAUACCGAAGCUUAUCAAGAGCGCUCACAUAGUCCGUUGCAAUUGACCCCAUCUUAUGCAACACGUGAUUCAGCACCUUCCGCCGCCAAUCAGAACACUGUUUAUAACCAUUUGCCGGGAGUCUAUAACCGAGAUAUGAUCGCUUCUGAAUACCAGUCCUCGAUUUCUCCUAAUCAUCCUACAUCCUCCAUACCACCGGAAAGACCAUGGUAUUCAUCCACCUCGCUUCCCACUGCACCAGCCGAUCCUUCAGCUAGCUCCAUCAUGGCUCGACCACUGACUGCCUUCUUAUGGAAUGAUGCUUCUUCCAUGAAUCAUACCAAACGACGUGAAACGACCACCAUGUUACCCCCUCUUGCUUUGGCCCCCUUGCACUGAUCGUAUCCUAUAUCCCGUCACCGUUACAGCGAGCCCAAAAGCAGAAAAAUGACAAAAAUCAAACUAUUGUUUAAAAAACAGAUUCUCUGAAAUACCUUUCAUGUACAGUGCCCUGGCAAAAUCCCGUGAACAAAAUAGGGCAAUCGACCUUUUAAAAGAUUUGCAAUUU